UAAUUAUAAACAGUAUCAAACAAGUCGCCACCCACAUCAGUGAAAUGAUCAAAGUCACUGAUACCACCAGUAAGAAAUGGCCUUCUAAAUCUAAUAUAACAGGGCCUGAAACCACAUAUUAGUUCUUUAACAGUUCAGGCUGAGCUCUUUCACAACCACUCACUGACAUGUCAAGCAGACAUAUCAUAAUGGUUUUUAGACAUACUUGCAGACAGUUAGUCAGAACAUGCACCAUUUGUAGACAGCCAGGAAUUUAUUUAGAAAGACUCAGAAGAAAAUCUCAGUAUCAGAAUACCUAAUCCAGGCUUCCUAUAAUAUUUUCAGAUCCAGAGACCUGCAGGGCCAGCUAAUGGGAAGAUUUUCCUCGAAGGUGAAUUCAUUUGACAAUUACCUUUUAGGAGGCCACCACUGGCAGAUCAUAACCAAACACCUUCCCCUUUCUACAUGGCCUCAGUGUUCAAAGUCACAGCCACCCUUGCAUUCUUUUGAGAUUCUCUCCACCUCUGUGUUUCCUCCUCAUCUUUCAACUCACAGUAUGCCCACCAUCCUCUCUCUCACCCCCAAGCUUCCGAAAAAUGGGCCAAAUACCUUUCUCCUUGAUCCUCAUCUCCCUGCUUGUAACACUUCCCGUCUAUCAUACAACAGCACAUCAAGAAUGCUCAAACCUUAACACAGUUCCUCACCAGGUCAGAGCUGGCUACUGGUUCUCCCACACCAACCGCUACUCACCGGUUUACAACAUUAACACCUCCUUCUACACUCACCUCUACUACUACUCCCUUUCUCUUGAUGACGUCCAUUCUCAGGUUGCACUCCCACCCAAUGACCAACUUCCCCUCUUAGCCACUUUCUCCGCCACCCUUAAGGCUCAAAACCCAUCCCUCAAGACGAUUUUGUCCAUUUCCACAGACGAUCGCCACCAAACCAAUGUCUCCAGUGCUGCUUUCUCCUCCAUGGUAGGAAAUCAAACUCUCCGAAUGUCGUUCAUCAAUUCCGCCAUAGAAUUAGCCAGGAACCAUGCAUUUGAUGGGUUGGACUUGGCAUGGCAGUUUCCAUCCUCAUCUUCUGACAUGACCAGCCUUGGGAUAUUGCUUGCUGAAUGGAGAGCCCGCAUAAAUGAGGAAGCAAAGAAUUCAUCUUCCACUCUCCUGCUGACGGCCACAGCGUACUUCUCAAACCACCUGUUCGAUGGGCCUGUGGACAACCUUGACUACCCGAUAGAUUCCAUCUCAGACAAUCUCGAUUGGGCCAAUGUUCUCUGCUUUGGUUACCACAAGAACAGUGAUCUCACAGCUCUUGAUGCUCCACUCUAUGACAAGGCCUCCCACUUCUCUACAAGUUAUGGCAUUACUUCAUGGCUGGUUGCAGGAAUCCCUGCAUGCAAGCUGGUAAUGGGUGUCCCUUUAUAUGGAAGAUCUUGGAUUCUCAAGAACAAAAUGAAGAACGAGCUAGGUGCACCAGUCGUGGCCAUGGGACCUAGGCAAAAGGUGAGCAACCAGACCGGGCUGAUGGCCUACUCCGAGAUCAAAGAGACCUUGAAGGAUCCCAACAUUGUCUUUGUAUAUGACAAUCAGACAGUAUCUGCAUAUUUCCAUUCUGGAGAUCUGUGGGUCAGCUUUGACAGUAUAGAAGUGGUGGAGGUGAAGAUAGAGUUUGCUCUGCAGAAAAGGUUGCUUGGCUAUUUCCUCUGGCCAAUCAGUUUUGAUGAUUCAAAUUAUACAGUAUCCAAACAAGCUUCAGAAGUAUGGCUCCGCAAUCAUGAUUCUCCAUAUGAUGAGGAUGAAAAUGGCUUUGAACAGGCACCAUCACCAGCUCAGCCACCAUCACCAGCUCAGCUACCAUCACAAGAUCAUGCUCUGACCCCAUCAGCAGCCUUCUCUGGAUCAAGGACUCACAAAUUACAUCUGGAUCUGUAUAUUUUGUUGUUUCUUCUCUUUUAUUUAUCAACAAUUUAAGAAGCUCAGAAGUGUGAAACAACGCCCUCCUGCAAAUUUUUUUAUCAUUGAU